UAUUUUAUUUUAUUUUUUGUCAACAUUUAACCUGAACUCAAGGCCACCAACACCAUAGAAACUUCGGAUUCCUUUCCUAUUCCCCCCCUCACACAUAGCCUCUGUCCCUAAAACUCACUACACGUCUUACUCCACUUCUUACACUAAAAACUUACACUCCACUUCCUCUGUCCCCUUUUAAUCACCUCAAAAUUUUGCUCAUUUUUUGUAGAAACGGUCGUCAGCUGCUUAGUUUUAUCCGUGAGUUUUAAUCUUCUUAUUCCUCACUGCUUUUUACAUAAAAAGACAGGUCGAUUUAGACUCCUUCCCUUCUAUUGUUUGCUCUAUUUUACAGGUAGAGUCGGUAGUUGCAUAGUCUCAUUUGAGAGUUUGAUCUCCAUUCUCCUUAAUUUUUAAAUUUUUACACAAAAAAGACGGAUCUAUUUAGGCUCCUUUCCUUUCGCUGUUUGUUUCUUUUUUCGUAGAAACAGUCGGCAGCUGCUUAUCUCACCCGAGAAUUUAAUUUUCUUGUUUUCCCCCAAAAAAAGACUAGGAUCGAUUUAGGCGCUUUCCCUUCCACUGCAUAGCAAGUUGAAAUUCAAUUCACAAUGAAACUAGUUCCCUUCUUUCUCAACUUUCUCUUCUUACUAUACCAACCCUCAAAAUGUGGUUCCACUACAAAUUCCAGUACCCAAAUUAUUUCACCAAUGUUAAUUUUACCGCUAAAAACCCAAGAAAUCCCAUCUAGCUCCUUUCCUAAAGCACCAAACAAACUCCCAUUUACACACAAUGUAACACUUACUGUUUCCCUUACAGUAGGUACACCUCCACAAAAUGUUACAAUGGUCCUCGACACAGGCAGUGAACUCUCUUGGCUACAUUCAAAUUCAACUCGAAUCCAACAAGCCGUUUUUGACCCGACCCGGUCCACUUCUUACCGACCCAUUUCAUGCUCCGAACCAACAUGCAAGACUCGAACUCAAGAUUUUUCUAUACCGGCUUCUUGUGACUCCAAGAAUUACUGCCAUGCAGUGCUUACGUACGCAGACUCUUCGUCAUCCGAAGGGAAUUUAGCUAUGGAUGUUUUUACUAUUGGCGGGUCGAAUUUUACGGGCACGAUAUUCGGGUCAAUGGAUUCGGGUUUUAGUAGUAAUACAGAUGAAGAUGAAAAAACAACCGGGUUAAUGGGUAUGAACCGUGGAUCGCUUUCUUUUGUUUCACAAAUGGGCUUUAAAAAAUUUUCAUAUUGUAUUUCUAGUUUGGAUUUUUCCGGGGUUUUACUGCUUGGUGAAAAUAAUUUUACUUGGAUUUUACCGUUAAAUUAUACGCCGUUAGUUGAAAUUUCACUUCCGUUGCCCUAUUUUGAUAGGGUAGCAUAUACGGUAAAACUUGAAGGCAUUAAAGUGAAGGGUAAAUUAUUACCGAUACCCGAAUCCGUGUUUGUACCUGACCAUACCGGGGCGGGUCAAACGAUGGUUGAUUCGGGUACACAAUUUACUUUCCUACUUGGGCCAGCUUAUAGUAUACUAAGGAAUGAGUUUUUGAACCAAACAAUGAAAAGUCUUAGGGUUUUUGAGGAUCAAGAUUUUGUUUUUCAAGGUGCAAUGGACUUGUGUUAUCGUGUACCUAUUAAUCAAACGUGGUUACCAGCAUUACCAUCGGUUAGUUUGGUUUUCCGGGGCGCUGAAAUAACAGUAUGGGGGGAGCGAUUAUUGUAUCGAGUACCGGGUGAAAUUCGGGGUAAGGAUGAAAUACAUUGUUUCACUUUUGGAAAUUCCGAGCUACUAGCUGUCGAGGCGUACAUUAUUGGACAUCAUCAUCAACAAAAUGUAUGGGUGGAAUAUGAUCUUGAAAAAUCUCGCAUUGGCUUUGCUCAAGUACGAUGUGACAUAGCGAGUCAGAGAUUUGGUCUUUUUCAUUGAAUGGAGAUUACAUCGAAGAUGUAAAAUACUAUUCCUAUUUUCUCUUAUAUAUACAUACUUCGAGUCAAAAACAAUAGAGUGCUUAUAUCCCGGUCAAAUGAUCCCAGUAUGCUACAAUGUUGUGAUUAAGGGAUUUUCGCAACAAGAGGUUUGCGUGGUCCCAAGAAAAUACACCGACCAAAUUUAAGAGUUGCCAUACUUGAAGUUGCAAGGACAUCAAAUGAAGGUGGGAGUUGUUGGUUCAUGGCUAGAGUGGUGGGUGAUUUUAAAGAGAGGCCAUCACCAUUUUGUACAAUGCUUUUUUGUGGCUGAACGUAAAGGGUGUGUUGAUUUUUUCAAAGGUAAUUAAUAAACUUCUUGUCGUGUUUAGAGAAUGCAUGGUCCAUGUAUACUCAUUGAGUUAUUUUAUCUCUAUGAAGGAUGUAGGGAAAUAUAUUGCUUAUUGUUGUAAUAGACCCUUUUAGUUGUUUGAAUUAAUUUUUUGAUACAUGUCUUGUUGAAUAUUUGAUGAACA